AUGUCACACUCCAUCGACGAAAGCGCCCAGUCCGGCCUUGAGCCUACCACCAACGACAGUGGCCAAGCCGGUACUCAAGCUACUACAGAGAAUGGACAGACCACUACUCCCUCUACGCCUCGCUUGAACCCGCGAAGUUGUGUCACAUGUCGCCGCAGGAAAGUUCGUUGCAAUAAAGAGAACCCAUGCGCCAACUGUAUAAGAGCAGGGAUUGAAUGUGUGUUUCCCGGACCUGGCAGGGCGCCCAGGAAACCGAGGAAGCCGCCUGAUGCAGAGCUUCUCGCCCGGCUGCGCAGAUUGGAAGGAGUUGUUCACAGCCUCGGUGCCCAGGUGGAUGAGAAUGGCGUCGUCUCGCCUGCUCUCGCAGGAUCAACGGAGAUGCGGGCGCGCUUUGGUGAAGUGCAAUCAGGCGACUCACCGGUUUCUGAUCGCUCAGACUCGAAAAGACAGUCUAUUGACAAACAUCUUGGGCGCCUAGUGAUCAAUGAGGAUCGCAGUCGCUAUGUGAACAAUGCAUUUUGGACGGGCAUGAGCGAUGAGAUUGCCGAGAUGCGGGAUUUGCUCGACCCGUCAAGCACUGACGAGGAAGAUGAGGUUCACUCACCGGAAACCGACCGUCAAUCUAACCACCAAGCCUUCCUCUUUGGAUAUUCCUCAGUCAUGCAGGAUCUGAGGGAGUUGCAUCCCAGUCCGAGUCAAAUAUUCAUUCUAUGGGAGGUUUUUAAAGAGAAUGUCGACCCUGUGGUCCGAAUACUGCAUCGGCCAACGGCUAAAACGAUUCUCAUGAAUGCUGCGAGCAGUCUCGAUCGGGUUUCUAAACCAGCAGAAGCCCUGCUCUUUUCAAUCUACUUUGGAGCGGUGGUCAGCUUGACUCCAGAGCAAUGUCAGCAACUGUUAGACGAGGACAAGCAGUCUCUCCUGAAGAAGUACAGAUUCGCGACAGAGCAAGCCUUGGCCCGCGCAGAUUUCCUGAACAGCUCGAGUCUCAUGUGCCUGCAAGCACUGUCAUUCUUCCUCAUCUUCGUCCGCCAUUGUGAUGAUACCAGAUUGGUGUGGGCAUUGGGGGGGCUAGCGAUCCACCUAGCGCAGUCACUGGGCAUCCAUCGUGAUGGAACCCAUUUCGGACUGAAUCCAUUUGACACCGAAAUGCGACGCCGAUUGUGGUGGCAAAUUUCUCUCCUAGAUAAUCGGGCAGCAGAAGAUCAUGGUGUUGAUCCAACCUUUUCAGAACAGUUUUACGAUACCAAGAUUCCCGCCAAUUUGAACGACGAUGAUAUCUAUCCGGGAAUGAAAGAGUGCCCUAAAGAAAGGGUCGGGGCGACCGAGAUGACGUUCUGCUUGAUCCGCUUCGAAAUUAGCGCAUUCUCGCGACGAUUCAACUUCACCGCUCCAGGCUACGGGCCACCACAGACCCCUGAAUUGUCUUUGGGGGAAAAAGAGAAGCUGAUCGAUGAGUGUCACCGGAAGCUCGAGGAGAAGUAUUUGCGACAUUGCGACAUGAACAUGCCUAUAUACUGGGUGGCCGCAACGGUCGCCCGUCUCAUUCUGGCCAAGAUGUGGUUGAUGGUGCAUCAUCCGCGUGCGUACUCCAACAGCGAUGGAGGAUCCCCGAUGCCACCGGAGAUCCGUGAUCGAGUCUUCAUCACUUCCGUAGAAGUGAUUGAGUUCUCCCAUCUCCUUGAGAAGAACGAAAAUACGGCAAAAUGGGGCUGGCUGUUCAGGACAUACAUGCAGUGGCAAUCGGUGGCAUUUGCAUUGUCUGAGAUUUGUGCUAGACCUCUAGGGCCUGAUGUAGAUCGGGCAUGGCGAGCGAUUGAAUCGGUCUACGGUGAAAGAAUGAUCAAUUCCAGGUAUCAGAAGGGAAUGCUGUGGAAACCCUUGCGGCACCUCAUGGCUAAGGCAAAGGCCCGCAGAGCAGCGCAACAGGCCCAGUCCAAUCUGGUGAAGCAGAACGCAGAAAUGACAUUCGCCGACAUAGGUAACCCUACCCCAAUGGAACGGUGGAUGCACGACUAUCCAGUCAACGCCAGCACGAACGCGACGGAGGCAUUUAGCAUGGCAAGCGAGCAGCCCUAUACCGGGGGAAUGCUUCUGGAACCACGAGCGCAGGAAUCCAUUCAUGCAACGAGUGGCAGCACGAUGGCAGAGAGAGGCAAUACCAUGUCGCAGGAGAGUUCCAGGAGCGCAGGGUUGAAUUGGACGCCAGAGCAUAUGCCGAUGGGAAGCAACGACAUUUUGGAUUUCGGAUGGUCACCGUCGGUCGGGGACUUUACGGUGCGAGGAGAACCUUUCCAGCGGUUCUUCGUGACUCUUCAAGAAAAUUGGUUUUGA